CAUGGCUAGGACCAAGCAGACAGCUCGCAAGUCCACCGGCGGCAAGGCGCCACGUAAGCAGCUGGCCACCAAGGCGGCCCGCAAGAGCGCGCCGGCCACGGGCGGCGUGAAGAAGCCGCACCGCUACCGGCCCGGCACGGUGGCCCUGCGCGAGAUCCGCCGCUACCAGAAGUCCACGGAGCUGCUGAUCCGCAAGCUGCCGUUCCAGCGCCUGGUGCGAGAGAUCGCGCAGGACUUCAAGACCGACCUGCGCUUCCAGAGUUCUGCCGUGAUGGCGCUGCAGGAGGCGUGCGAGGCCUAUCUGGUGGGGCUCUUCGAGGACACCAACCUGUGUGCUAUCCAUGCCAAGCGUGUCACUAUUAUGCCCAAGGAUAUCCAGCUUGCGCGCCGCAUCCGCGGGGAGAGGGCAUAAACUGUCCUUUCUAAUCCGCCUUGGGCGCAUUUGCUUUCUUCCAAAGGCUCUUUUAAGAGCCACUUCUGUUCUCAUUGA